AUGAAUAAAGACUCACACAAUGCAAAUGUAUUAUUAUUUAUUAAUGAAGAUGAAAUCCUCAAUGUCACCAAACAAGAAUUUAAGACAUCUUAAGAGUUCUCAAACUCACAUCACUAAAAAAACUAAUCUUAAGGCUACCUAAUAAUAGAAUUAAACAGCUAAUUUAAAUUAAUUUCUAGAUAUAUAAAAGAUAAACAAUAACAACAAUAACAACGAUGGUCUACGACAAUUAAAAGAAUUGUAAAAAAUCCUUACAAUUGAAAAAGACGAAAGGUAUUAAUUUAUUAGAUUAAUAAGAUAUCGAUAUUUAAUAAAAAAUGGAAUAACCAGAAAAAUUGAAAAUGGAGGCAACAUUAUAUUCUCUGAAUUAUAAUAGAUACCAGGUGUUUGGAUCUGCUAUAGGAGACCAUAGGAGAGAUAGGAAAAUACAGAAAAAUUAAAUCUAGAUAAUCUAGAUCUUUAACAUAUACCAUUGUUCGAAGGUGAGGAAAAUUUGAAAAUAUUAUCCUUACAACACAAUAGAAUAGGAUUAAUUAAAAAUUUAAUAUCCUUACCCAAUUUAUUAUAUCUAGAUUUAUACGAUAAUUAAAUUAAGGAUAUUGAAGAGUUAGAAUAAUUAUAAAAAUUAAAAGUACUGUUAUUACCAAAAAAUUAAAUAAGAAACAUUCAAAAUUUAGAUUCUUUAUAGAAAUUAGAAGUGUUAGAUUUACAUAGCAACAACAUUAGCCAUUUAAAAGGUCUAAAUAAAUUGAAAAAUUUAAAAGUGUUAAAUUUAGGAAACAAUAUGAUCUAAAAAUUGGAAAAUUUAGAAGAUUUAACUUCUUUAAUUGAAUUAAAUCUGAAUUUAAAUUAGAUUGAAUUCAUUGAGCAUAUAUAAGGUAAAUAAUUCAAUUAUAAGCUUUAGUUCUCCCAAAAUUGCAAAAAUUAUUCUUAUCUUCAAAUAAAAUCAAUCAAUAUCCAUAAAUAUUUGAUAUAUUAGAAUUGUCUUUAGAAAAUAAUCCAAUAUCAUAUAAUAAAACUGAUUAUUAUAAAUAUAUCUGUUAAAAUUACGAAUAACUUAGAAUAUUGGAUCAAAAAUUAGUAGAUAUGAUAAAAUAAGAAAUUCUAUCAUUCGAUUUUUUUAAAAGAAAGUAGAUCAAAAAAAAUUAAUAUCAAUCAAUUUAAUAACAAUAAUAAUCUAUAUAAGUAAAUGCUAAUGAAGAUGAAGUAUCAAGUAUCAAAAGAUAGUGGAUUGAAGAAAUCAAAAGAAUUCAAGAACUAGAAUAAUCAAAUCAAUUCAACUAGAAAAGUUGUUUAGAGCAUCAAAUACUAGAAGGAGGACACGCAGAAGUAGAAAAUGUAUUUUAACUUGAAAUCAUAUUAGGAUAAAUUUUUAAUAAUUUUUGGAGCAGCUGUAGGAAUUGUACUGCCAGCUAAUAACUUUAGAUAAAUAAUCGAAAAAAUUCAAUUUUAAUAUGUGUUUUUUGAUUCAAUUAUUCACUCUUAAUUAUAAGUCAUUAAAGAGUAUACAAGAUUAUAAGAAAUAAUCCUAAAGGAUAAUUAUAUACACAGUCUUCGUUAAUUAACCUAAUUAGAAGUAUGAUCAUAAUAGUCUAUUUUAGCAUUUAACUUAUAUCCAAAAAAUUAUAAUAUAGAAUAACCCCAUAAAUAAUUGUUCUUUUAUGCUUUCGUUUCUUAUUUAUAGAAUUCCUACAUUAAUCCAAAUUAAUAGCAAAAAUGUAAGAUAUUAGGAUAGAUAGAAGGUAAAUUUUAUUAAGAUUAUACAUAGGCAAAAUCACAAUUCUAAAAUUUUGAUAAAACUUUAACUAUUGAAGAAAAAAAUUUGAAUAUGGAUAAUUUUAGAAAAUUCAAAAGCUAUUAAAAAAAUACAUCAUACAUAAAAACAUAUCAGAAUACAAUAAAUGAAAUGAUACAUGAAUUAAAAAUUUCUAUUAAAAAUAGAAAUUAGUAAUAAGUAUAAUUAUUUUUGGUUUGA